AAAGUCAAAAUGUGGAACUGUGGAACGUCUAAAUCUAAAAUAGUCUAAAUCGCUUUCUGAGCAACCGCCACGGUAAUUGUUUCUUCUAAAAAUUGAUGAUACAGUAAAUAUAUGCUUUAGCUUAGUUACACUGAACUUUCUAAAACUAUAAAAUUUGCAAUAAAAUGGAGCCGAUGACGCUUGGAAGUCCUACACACUCGCCGUCAGGGAGUCCGAAUGUAGGAUACCUGCCACCUUUCCUGUUAGGGGAAAUUAACCCUCCUUCUACACCCCGAACCAACAGCCUGUCUCCUACGAAGGGCCGGAACCUCGCGUUUGGUUCACCCACAAGCCCAACUCAAACCUCCACACCAGACCAAAAGCAUUACCGUCAGAACCUCUCCAUGCACCAGCAGGCCCUGUACAACCAGCAAAACAUGUUUGCCAAUGCCCCUACAUCACCAAACACAUCAUACAAUCCCAAUAUGUCAUACAACCCACCCAACAUGUCUUACAACAACAGUAAGACUACAGGACCACCCAUAGAGGACUUGUUUGACACAAUUAAAAGCAAUGAACCAUCUGUAAACAAGUCACUAUUCCAGGAGCAAAGCUUCUACAAUAACUCUGUGUUGCAAAAUUCUUAUAUGAAUAGUAUGAAUGGAUCUAGCAUGAACCCAGUGGCGUGGGACGGGAGCCAGGAGCAAGAUGAGUACUGGGUGACAGUGUUUGGAUUUCCACCCAAUGCUGCAAAUACAGUACUAGCAAGAUUUAGCAAUUGUGGUGCUAUUUUAGACAAGCAAUACCCAACGCAAGGCAACUGGGCGCACAUCCGCUACGCGACUCGAGCCGAGAAGGAGCGCGCCAUGGCACUGAGCGGGCGCCAGGUGCUGCCCGGCGUCAUGGUGGGCGUGGCCGAGUGCCAAGAGCCGCCCAGGCAGCCCGCAAGCCUGAGCGUCACGAGACAAACUCAAGGCGCCCGUUCCCUGUGCCCGACGCCCGUGCCGUCGGCGCCGGUGCCGCAGCGCUCCAGCGGCCUCAUCUCCAAGGCGCUGGACUACGUGCUGGGCUGGUGACACGGCCUCGACGCUGUCAGGCGACUGGGGCUUAUGAUAGACUUUGAACUGUGGACUUCUAAUUAUUGAUAUUUUUGGUCUGUCUGUGGUGGUUAACGUACUGCGAUGCUUCUUGCCGCAGAAAAAAAUACGCAGUUUAAAUUAUCUACAGCAUAAAACAGCCACCAUUAAAUACAUUUUAAGUUUCUGUGGAAUUCCAUAUUAACCUGUUAUGUAAAUAAAAUUUAGGAAUCGAAUGCGAGUGAAUGUCACGGUAUAUUUUUAAACGUCAUAGAAUUUGCUUGAUUUGUCUCAUACGUAGAAAAUUGACAACCUGCAUUUGUUACAAAAUUAAGUUUGAGAACCAUUUCCAUUUAUCCUAGGUACCACUGAAUAACGGUUUUCUAAUGCAAAUGAUAAAAUCAAGGGGAAAACAAAACUAUUAAAUUUUAAGUGAUUAGUUGAUAAAAAAUGAGUACCAUCGCCCACCCCACACUGUUAACUGUCCAUCGAUCGCUGGACCCUAUGCCUCUUGUAAUAAGGUCCACCGAUGGACAGUUGCGGGACAGUGCGAGGAAAAUACUAACUGUAAAACAUCAAACAAAAUUAAAUCCAAAUAAACGUUAUUAAAUAUUCAUCAUUUAAAAGUCAAUUCUACCAGUCCAGGUGUCACUGUCAACUCAAAAUUUGCAUUAAAUUACCACACAUGUGGACAAAAUGUAACUUUCUCAUCACUCAUCAGUUUUUGAACAGCCUUUACAAGCUGGUGUGGUAAAAUAGUUAUUUGUUUUACAAGGGGGCAAAGUUACCCGAGGAAGCGAAAGAUUCCAAAAUCGCUCUCUACUACUCGCUACGCUCGUGGUUCGAAAAUGGAGUCUUGAGCGUGGCGAGGGUUUCAAGGCAUGAGGGUUAACCAAAUUUUGCCACCGAGUUAAGCACAGAAUUUUUCAUCACACCAAAGGAAAAUACUAACUAAAAUAUCAAACAAAACAAAAUCAAAAUGAAUGUUAUUAAAUAUUUAUCAUUCAAAAUCAUCAUUUAUAAAAGUCAAUUCUACCAGCCAACAUCAGGAAACAACUCAGAAUUUGCAUUUGAUUACUCUGCCCCACAUGUGGAUAAAAUGCAACUUUCUCAUCAGUUAUUGAACAAUCAAGAGAGCCUUUACCAGCUGGUGUGGUGAAAAGGUUUAUUUUAUCAUCAUACAUUAAUUAUAAGAUGCAGGAAAAAGAAAAUAAGGAAAGAUGCAGUUAUCCCUAGUGACAACAUAAUAGUCGCCAUUUGUACCAUUUUUUAAUCUUGUAAAUAAUUAUUUUAAUGUAAUUAGCUAAUUAGGUUAGUUACAACUUCCACUAUUAUUAUUGUUGUAAGUGAAUGAUCAGUUGAUUUCUAUAAAUAAAAUAAAACAAUUAGUUUCUUAAA